ACACUUGCAUCUCAUUUAUGGCUUCCCCUUUCUCUCUCCCUCUUCACUCUUUACACCUCCCCUGUUCUAUAUUCCUCCAUUUCUCACCAUCUUUUCUGAAUUGAAAUUCUAAAAGUUUUGUUCAAAUUCCACUAUCCAAUCUCUUCUAUUUUCUCCUUUUUUAUCAUCAAAAUUUUCUGGUUCUUUAUGUUGGAGCAAGACCCACAUCAAUCAUGAGAAAAAGCAUGUUUCAUGAGCUCAAUAUGAUGCUCGUUUUCUUAUUUCUGCUGCUUUUCUGUUUCAAAGAUUCCCAUUGCAGCCUGCCUAAUAAUCUGCAAAAUUCAGUAUUAUUGGAUAUAAAAGUGGAUAAUUUAUUGCCUGAGAUUUCUCCAACUGGAAAUCCUCAACCCCUUUAUCCUCUUCUUGCACCGUCUCCGUUAUCGCCCUUCACAAUUACAAAUAACACAGCUCCAAAGUUAUCAGGCCUUUGUACGCUAGAUUUUGAUGCCAUGCAUACCAUGAUGAGCAUGACUGCAAUCGAUUGUUUCACUGUGUUCGCACCAUUCCUAGCCAAUGUAGUAUGCUGUCCUCAAUUUGAAGCAACUCUCAUCAUUCUCAUUGGUCAAUCCAGUACAGAAACGAAAAAGCUUUCUCUAAACUUGACUCUUGCCAAACACUGCCUUUCUGACUUUGACAAAAUUCUCAUGGGUCAAGGUGCCAACAACAGUUUGCAACAGAUAUGCUCCAUUGGUCCAUCAAACCUAACUGAAGCUUCUUGUCCAGUCAAAGAUGUUGAUGGGUUUGAAAAAAUGGUCAAUUCAUCUAAGCUUCUUUCUAAAUGUGGAAAGAUUGAUCUUGUUAAUGAAUGCUGUCAGCAGGUAUGUCAAAAUGCUAUUUCAGAAGCUGCAAAGGAUCUUGCAUCGGUUUCUUAUGAACUUGAUGCAAUGGGGCUUCGUCGUCCUUCUGAUAUCUCAACUCGGGUGAUUAACGAUUGCAAAAGUAUUGUACUCAGAUGGUUAGCAAGUAAACUUGAACCAAUACGAGCCAAAGAAGUCCUUCGAGGUCUAGCUAAUUGCAAUCUUAAUAAAGUUUGCCCAUUGGUUUUACCGAAUGUCCGACCCGUUGCACGAGGUUGUGGAGAUCAGAUUAGCAACCGGAGUUCAUGUUGUAGUGCAAUGGAAAGUUACGUGUCUCACUUACAAAAGCAAAGCUUUUUAACCAACUUGCAAGCUUUGAAUUGCGCUGCUUCACUCGGGAAGAAGUUACAAAAAGAAAAUAUAACCAACAACGUUUAUAAUCUUUGUCGUAUAAGCCUCCAAGAUUUCUCCCUCCAAGCAAAUGGGAUGCAAGAGUCGGGAUGUCUUCUUCCUAGCUUGCCAUCGGAUGCAACAUUUGACAAUUUUUCAGGGGUUAGCUUCCUUUGUGAUCUGAACGAUCACAUUCCAGCACCUUGGCCAUCUAUUUCACAUGCACCGGCUUCGUCAUGCAACAAAUCUGUUAAGAUUCCUGCACUUCCUGCAGCAGCCUCUGGACAAAGAGGUCUAUACAACAAUGAUGUUAUGUUUCUUCUUCUCUAUGCGAUGUUGUUCAUUCUUGCGACCAUUCAUUAACUUUGUAACGGAUCAAGCCCUUCACUUACUUGAAGUUGAAAGGUCGGGUUUCUUGAAAUUAACCCUGUCUGAGGAAACAUCGGAGAACGCGAAAACCAUCAAGAUUUUUGGCAGGAAAUUCGGUUUGAAGUUGCAAGUGUAGAAGAAGUUGAAUUGGUAUUGGUUGGUGAAUUUCUUAUAUGGAAAAUUGAUUAAGCAUUCUUGCAUAGUCUUGUAUGUAAUAAGAAUGUCGUUGUAAAGAAAGAGGGAGUUCAUGUAAAUAUUUGUAAGUCAUACCUUCUACUUUCAUCUAAUUGCAUUUUACCCCCCUAUAAUUUCAUUUC